AUGUCAUUAACACCGAUUUAUAUUCACACACAUCGGCGAUUAUUUGGGUUGGGUUCCUUUAUCAGAGGAAUAGGGACUUUGAAAUCAUCAAUAAGGACCUUCCAAUAUCGUCAAUUUUCGAAUGGAAGAUUUUCGUAUCAAGAUUUCAAUGAUUCGUUAAGAGAUGCUCUUUUAACCAAAUCCUUAACUGCUAAUAAGACAGUGGAAGAAUUUAUACGUUGUACGGUGUUCGAUAAACAUGGGGAUUUAGUAGUGCAAGGGAAAGAUCUUAGAAGACUGGAUUUUAUGAAAAGUAAUGGAUUAGUGAGUAGAGAUUUAAGGAAGAUAUCUAAACAUAAUGCUACACAAUCUGUUAAUUAUAUCAAUCUUGAAGUUGUUCCCACCAUUUUCACAAGAAACGACUGUAUAUUAUUGAAUCUAUUGAACAUAAGAGCUAUGAUCAAAUCCGAUCAAGUGGUUUUAUUCGAUUAUCAUCCCUCAGAAUCUUCAUAUCUAGGUACAACAGGAUCUAAAGCAGGUUUGAAUGAUAGUUCUAAUUUUUAUGAUACUUUGAUUAAAGAAUUACAACAAGGUUUGAGUAGAGCCACUGAAACCACCACUUCAGGGUCAUUGGUUUAUGAAGUACGUGCAUUAGAGAUCAUUUUAAAUCAUGUGGUUAAGAACUUAAAUACCGAAAUGAAUGUUCAAACUAAUGCUUUGAGGAACUUAUUGGAUAAUCUUGAAGAUUCCAUUGAAAGUAAUAAAUUACGGUAUCUUUUAAUCCAUUCGAAGAGAAUGACCGAAUUCCAUAGGAAGGCUUCCCUUGUUAAAGAUUCCUUAGAUUUGAUUUUAAGUGAUGAUGAAUUAUUACAUUCUCUUUAUUUGUCCGAGAUGGCUGCCAACAAAGAGAACAGUCACGCUGAAAUCGAGUUGUUGAUUGAAUCAUAUUAUGUUACUGUUGAUGAGAUUGUACAAAAAGUAAGUAACUUAUUAAACCAAACCAAAUCAACUAAUGAAAUCAUCAAUAUCAUUCUAGACUCCAAUAGAAAUGAAAUGAUGCUAUUGAGUUUGAAAUUCGGUGUAGGAUUAUUAUCAAUGGGGUUUGCUCUUUAUAUUGCUGCACUUUAUGGAAUGAACUUGGAGAAUUUUAUCGAAGAAACUGAAUUUGGAUUCCCAGUGGUAGUAAGUUUCAGUUCAGUUCUCUUGGUUUUCUUAAUCUUAGUCAGUGUUGCAAGAUUAAGGAGAGUGCUGAAGAUUACUAUGACAGGUAAAGGAUCAGAUGAUAGAUUUAGACAUUGA